GUAUGAGCAGGUUUAGGGGUUUAGGUAAGUUUCGGGCAAAGCGCUUCAGAAUCACCGUCGGUGAACAGGAGAACUGAAUCCGAGACAUACGGACCUCGUUGUUGUGAGAUAAUCGAGUGACGCUUCUUGGAUGCUGGGCAUAGCACCAAGAUAGGAUCGAAAAGGGUAUCCCCGAAGCAGAUGACGUAGUUUCCUCUCCACUCAUCACGAUGGCACUCGUGAUUCCUCAUUCUGACCAUUUAACACUGAGUCUCCAAAUUGUAUAACUUGAACAUGUUUUCAAUUGCUGAGAGAUCUUGCACUAGGUACAAAUUCGUGAGGAACAGAGGAUCUGUUAAAUCAAUCAAUGCCGGUCGAAGUUCAGCACCGGCAUGUCCAGCUCUCGGAGCUCAAAGUUUUCUACAGAGAAGCCGGCGACCCAAGCAAACCUACCAUGGUGCUACUCCACGGGUUUCCCACGUCGUCGCACAUGUUCCGACGCCUGAUCCCGCUGCUGGCUUCUGAGAUGCACGUCGUGGCCCCCGAUCUGCCUGGGUUCGGCUUCACCGAGUCGCCCCCUGCAACAAACUUCACCUACUCAUUCGAUCACCUGGCCAACACGGUGGAAGAAUUGAUCCAGCAUCUGCGAAUCACCCGUUUCUUCGUGUACAUCAUGGACUACGGCGCUCCGACGGGAUUGCGUCUCAUGGAGUCUCAUCCCGAGCGCAUCCUCGGUUUGGUUGUGCAGAACGGAAACGCGUAUGAGGAAGGGCUUACCCCCUUCUGGGUUCCCCUUCGCAAGAUGUGGAAGAACAGAACUCCAGAAACAGAGGCACCCUUGCGAGAGUUUCUCACUUUGGAGGCGACGCAAUGGCAGUACGUCACGGGCAUGAAAGAUGUGAGCAAAAUCUCGCCGGACAACUGGGUGAACGACAUGUUCUUCCUGCAGCAAUCAGGACAUGAUCAGAUCCAACUCGAUCUCUUCUACGACUACCAAAGCAACCUUCCGCGCUACCCGGGCUUCCACACCACAUUCCGGAAGCACCAGUUUCCAGCUCUCAUUGUGUGGGGCCAGAACGAUCCAAUUUUUGGGGUGGAGGGAGCGAAGGCGUAUCUGAGAGAUCUGCCGCAUGCGGAGCUUGUGUUGCUGGAUAGUGGGCAUUUUGUUCUGGAAGACCACCUUGAGGAAGUAGCUGCCCACAUGGUUCGCUUCGUCAAGGCAGUUACCGAUAAGUAGUAGUGAGUGAAACAUGCUGAACCCCGUGUUGGGGAGGUGAGGAUAUAUGGAUCGUAAUACAAGUUAUUAAGUUCGUUUCGGGCAUAUUCAUACGUUAGUUAUGUAGGUCCUGGGCAGUUUGUGUUGCUCAUAGUAUGACUGAUGUUGCAAGUUAAGCUCCUAUCAUUGCGAGUGAGUUGAUGAUGAAAGUUUUGUAAUUUUGUGUUGUGAUCAACCAUUAGUAGAGAUAUUUUAUUAAAUUCGAAUUUUCUAUUUGUAAUACAAAAGGGGUUUGCACAUGAGUUGGCUUCUCAAUCUUGCCAGCUGUGCACCGCCGUUCAUGUGA